GAUACCUUCAUCGAUAUCACACCACAACACGCGCCUUUACGCUCCGCAUAAUACAACCACAACACGCGCCCCAAAAUCAACCUAGUCUACAAUAUCGACGACAGGUUUUCGCUGUUAUAUCUUCAAAAAAAAAAUAGUUUUACCUCCUCAGGUCAUUGUCGCUCCUUUCGCCGCCCGGCUGCCUCCUUCCUUUACCGGCACAGCCUCACGCUACCACUUCUUUCGUCCACACUGGCGGCCUCCAUCAGCCUCGCUUUACCGUCACACGGCGCCGCACCAAGGCGGCAGUGUUGAGCUUGAUCGGGAAUCAUGGAUCCGAAUUCUACCCCAGAAGAUGGCCCUGCGCCGCAACGGAGAAAUCGAGCCCCGACCAUUACCAUAGAUCCGUCUGCCACCGGCGCCGACACCACAAAUCCUGCACCAGCCAUGGCUCAGGAGACUCAGCAAGACGCGUCCAACUCAACUGGAUCGCCCAAAGAUGAGCCAGUCAGCCCGACGACCGUACCGGAAGGUGCUGGUGCUCCGUGGUCAGCUUCUCAAGAGAAACCACCGAAACCGAAGCUUCGCGCCGACACCUCGUUCGACGCCAAGGACAGCAGCAGGCCCCAAAGCCCGCACAAUGUGUCCAGUCCUGUUGCGACAUUGAGAGGCAACGACCGUGCCUUCCUGGCUGUUCCCAGCAACUUGCGCUCCCGGCAGAACUCUAUCGAUUCCGACGACAUGUCUUCCCAGGGCGAGACUAUUGCUGUACUGAGUCAGUCAACCGAAAAGACAGUGAAGCCCAGCCCCAUGUCCAACGAGAAGAUUAUGAACGACGACAGCGCCCUGCGUCCAGACAAGGGCAGCGAAGGAGACUUUAUUGCGGAGAACAACCCUUUUGCCUUUACGCCUGGCCAGUUGAAUAAGAUGUUCAACCCGAAAAGCCUGGGCGCAUACUACGCUCUCGGAGGACUAACUGGCAUUGCCAAGGGUCUUCGCAGUGAUCGUAAGGCCGGAUUGAGCUUGGAUGAGGUCCACCUGGAUGGUCAAGUCUCUUUCAACGAGGCAACGGCUCACAUUCACUCAUCUGGGGAUCUCAAGGAGAGCGAAACCCCAACGGCCCCCGCGAGACAAAACACUGGUCACCAUGCUAAGCAUGACGACGGCGGCUUUUCCGACCGCAAGCGCGUUUUCAAGGAUAACCGGAUCCCUGAGAAGAAGGGCAAGACUCUUCUUCAGCUAAUGUGGAUCACAUACCAAGACAAGGUUCUCAUGCUUCUGACAGCUGCCGCGGUAGUUUCACUCGCUAUCGGCAUCUACCAGACAGUGGGCUUGCCGCACGCUCCCGGUGAACCAAAGGUCGAAUGGGUUGAAGGUGUUGCUAUUGUGGUCGCCAUCGCCAUCGUUGUUAUCGUGGGAUCCCUCAACGAUUACAGCAAAGAGAGGCAAUUCGCAAAGUUGAACAAGAGAAAGAAGGAUCGCAACGUCAAAGUAGUCCGCUCGGGAAAGACUAUUGAACUGUCAGUACACGAUAUUUUGGCCGGAGACGUUAUCCACCUUGAGCCGGGUGAUCUGAUUCCCGUCGACGGAAUCUUGAUUGAGGGCUUCAAUGUCAAGUGUGACGAGUCUCAAGCUACGGGAGAAUCGGACAUCAUCAAGAAACGGAAUGGCGAGGAAGUGUUUACGGCUAUCCAGAACGGCGAUGACCCCAAGAAGCUGGAUCCCUUCAUUCAAUCUGGUGCCAGAAUCAUGGAAGGCGUUGGUACUUUCAUGGUUACGUCGACCGGCAUCCACUCUUCUUUCGGCAAGACUCUCAUGGCUUUGGACGAGGACCCCGAGGUUACACCCUUACAGUCGAAGCUCAAUAUCAUUGCCGAAUACAUCGCCAAGCUCGGAGGUGCUGCAGGUCUACUGCUCUUCAUCGUUUUGUUCAUCGAAUUCCUCGUCAAGCUCCCCAAGCAACCACCUUCCGUUACCUCAGCUCAAAAGGGACAGGAUUUUAUUAACAUCGUCAUUACUGUUGUUACUAUUAUCGUCGUCGCAGUCCCCGAAGGACUUCCCCUGGCCGUCACGCUCGCCCUAUCGUUUGCCACGAGACGUAUGCUGAAGGAUCAAAACCUCGUCAGGCAUCUCAAGGCUUGUGAGGUUAUGGGAAAUGCCAACACUAUUUGCUCCGACAAGACCGGUACCCUCACACAAAACAAGAUGCAGGUGGUUGCUGGCACUAUUGGUACUACUCAUCGAUUUGGCGGAUUGCGCCCCUCCGGCUCCAACGAUGGCGACGAUUCCGCUCUCGAUGCGUCUGCUGACAUAUCCGUUGCGGAAUUCGCCAAGAUGCUCAGUGCACCGGUCAAGGAAAUCCUCGUCAACUCGAUCUCGCUCAACUCUACGGCCUUUGAAGGAGAGGUUGACGGCGAGAAGACAUACGUUGGAUCGAAAACAGAGACUGCGCUGCUUCUCUUGGCGCGUGAUUACUUUGGCAUGGGUCCUGUCGCUGAGGAACGCGAGAACGCAAAGAUUCUUCAACUCGUCCCCUUCGAUUCUGGUCGCAAGUGUAUGGGAAUCGUCGUUCAGCUCCCAGGAGGUGGUGCCCGAGUGUACGUAAAGGGUGCAUCCGAGAUUGUCCUCGGAAAGUGCAACCAGAUUUUCCGUGACCCUUCUCAGGAUGCCACACUCGUCCAGAUGACCGAGGCCAACUUCCAGACGAUCAACACUCUCAUCAACACCUACGCUUCCCGAUCACUCCGAACCAUUGGCAUCGCCUACAGGGACUUCGAACAGUGGCCCCCUCGCAAUGUCCGCCGCGGUGAUGGAGGCGAAGUCGACUUUGACUUCAUGUUCCGAACUAUGGCCUUCAUUGGUAUGGUUGGCAUUCAGGACCCCUUGCGCGAGGGAGUUCCCGAGGCUGUUAGGCUGUGCCAAAAGGCGGGCGUGAUGGUUCGCAUGGUCACCGGAGACAACAAGCUUACGGCUGAAGCUAUCGCCAAGGAAUGUGGUAUCCUGCAACCUAAUGGACUUGUCAUGGAGGGUCCUGAGUUCCGCAACCUCACCAAGUCCGAGCAAGAGGCCAUUAUCCCGCGCCUCUGCGUUCUCGCCCGCUCUAGCCCUGAGGACAAGCGCAUUUUGGUGAAGCGCCUCAAGGCAAAGGGAGACAUUGUCGCUGUGACCGGCGACGGAACCAAUGACGCCCCUGCGCUCAAGACAGCCGAUGUUGGCUUUUCCAUGGGAAUUGCGGGUACUGAGGUUGCGAAGGAAGCCUCUUCGAUUAUUCUUAUGGACGACAACUUCAACUCUAUUGUCAAGGCUCUGAAGUGGGGUCGUGCUGUCAACGAUGCCGUCAAACGAUUCCUCCAGUUUCAGCUUACGGUUAACGUUACCGCCGUCAUUCUCACGUUCGUUACUGCUGUGAGCAGUACUUCAGUCCUCACUGCUGUGCAACUGCUUUGGGUUAACUUGAUCAUGGACACGCUCGCAGCCCUUGCCCUCGCCACGGACCCUCCCCAGGAUAGUGUUCUUGACAGAAAGCCUGAAAGACGCAAUGCCUCGAUCAUCACCACCACGAUGUGGAAGAUGAUUCUCGGACAGGCUGUGUACCAACUCGCAAUUACCUUCAUGCUUUUCUAUGGAAAGGAAACCGUUGUUCCUGGUCCGGAGCACAUCCCUGAUGAUCAGAUCGCCACCUUGGUAUUCAACACCUUUGUGUGGAUGCAGAUCUUCAACCAGUGGAACAACCGUCGCUUGGACAACAACUUCAACAUCUUUGAGGGCAUGACAAAGAACUUGUUCUUCGUUGGCAUCAGCGCCAUUAUGAUUGGCGGACAGAUUCUCAUUAUUUUCUUUGGCGGAGCCGCAUUCCAGAUCGCCGACGAGGGGCAAACCGGGACUCAGUGGGCUAUGGCCAUUAUUCUCGGCUUGAUCUCGAUUCCGUUUGGCGUUGUCAUCCGCCUCAUCCCUGACGCUCUGAUUGAGCGUCUCAUCCCCGAUUAUCUCAAACGCCGUGCCAAGGACUCUGUUCCGGGCCUCACAGUCUCAGACGAGGAGCAAUUCGAGAUGUACCCAGAGCCACUGUCGGAUGUCCGCGAUGAAUUGGCGUUCAUCAAGCGCAUGAAGGGUGGACGCUUGAACAACCUCAAGUUCGCAGUACAGCACCCUCGCGAAACCUUUGCCCGCUCGCGCAGCCCGUCACACUCGCGAAGCAACUCUAUCAAGUCACCCUCUACACCAACACGAGAGGAUAGCUUCGGCUCACUUGCCGCAACACCCGAGUCCCGCAAGCGCUCUCGCAGCUCGCGCAGCCGCUCUAACUCGGCCCUCGGUGCUCCUACCGUCAUGGCGGGCAUCGUGGCUGCUGGCAUUGCCGCCAACUGGCAGCCGGCUGACCGGAGACGUCGGGAUAGCGACGACUCUGACAACAAUGUUAGGAGAGGGGUCUCUCGAGAGAACUCGAUCAGAGAAGAACCCCGGGAGGAAACCACAAACGAGAAGGCCGGAGAUGAGAAGACGGCCAAGCAAUGAGGAGUACAUUAACUGUUGCCCGGUACUGGCAACAUCACUUACAUAUGGUCACGUGGAGUUUGUGAGCGAAAACAAAAAUUUCAGAGCGCGCAAUGUAUUUGUACGAGUAUUUGAUUCUCUUGCGCGGGGUUGUGCGACAACCGGUCAUACCGUCUUGAGGAGGCUCUGGCCCCUCUCUUUUUUGCUUUCACAUUAUUACUGGACCGAUGGCCGACUCGCAGACCGGAUAGGAUACGUCAUGGCAAACGCCUGAACAUAUUGACAAGAACUCAUAAU